AAGAGUGUCAAGACAGGGUCUUCUUUUUCCUACCACCACCACUCUCGCAAGACUGGCAACCAUGGGGGAAAAGUCCCACACUUGCCCAUACUGUGGGAAAGGUUUCCGGCGAAACUCACACCUUACUAGGCAUUUAGCUACCCACUCUGGUCUGCAGCGCCCUUUAGGUGGGAAGCGCCUGGGACAGCAAGUGCCAGAGGAAGACCGUCCCUUCAGCUGCAGCUACUGUGGGAAGACUUUUGCCCGCAGUGCCCACCUGGCCCGCCAUCAGGAGACCCAUUCCGGGGAGCGACCCUACAAGUGCACCUACUGUGGCAAAGCCUUUGGGCGCAAUUCCCACCUGACCCGCCACCACAGCACUCACACUGGAGAGCGUCCCUAUGAAUGUGGUGUUUGCGGCAAAGCUUUCACCCGCAGUGCUCAUGUUACUCGCCACCAAGGAACUCACACCGGAGAACGUCCUUUCCGUUGCACACGUUGUGGCAAGUGCUUCACCCGCAGUGCCCAUCUCCAGCGCCAUCAGGGCAUCCAUAGUGGGGACAAGCCCUUCUCUUGCAGAGACUGUGGAAAGGGGUUCACCCGUUAUGCACACCUUGAGCGUCACCGUGCUACACAUUCAGGAGAGAAACCCUUCAAAUGCGCCAGCUGUGGCAAAGGGUUUGGGGCUGCCUCUCACCUUGUAAGACAUCAGAAAACUCAUAAAGUUUAAUGGCUGGUUUUGCACCUGCUAUCAUCCAAACAAGUAUGAAAAUUGGCCAGUAUGAAGUACUUGGACUAAUCCUUUGACUUUAUAUCUGUUUUGUCCAUCUAAAAUCUAUUUUUAGAGGGAACUGAGUUCAACCCAUUCAACAAUAUUUACACUUGAUCUGCAGACAAAUUGAGGCACUUUGAGCUUUUGCCGCUUCAGUUCAGCAGCACCCAUAGCAAAAACAAUUUUAGAUAGUAAAACAGCAAACUAUUCUAA